AUGCCUACCUACGAAUUCCAUCACAUCCUUCCGCUUGGCCGUUCCAAGAAGGCCAAUCUCGCAAGGCUCAUCACUGACUGGCACGCUACAGCGUUCAAAGCCCCUCGCUUCAUUGUCAACUGUCGAUUCAUCGACCUCCGCGCUGCCAAUACAGAAGACUUUUGGGUUGGUGGUCAUGAGUUGAAGACCAACAAACUCAUGAUCACUCUGAGAAGCGGAACAGGCCGGACCGAGGAGCAGUACAAGAGCAUCACGACCAAGCUGAUUUCAAUUUGGAACGAAUCGACGAAGGAUAUUCAGGCAAGCGAGCGAGAGAAGGAACUGAGAGACGUGUUUGUAAUGGGCGUCAUUGACUCCGCAUGCGAGAGAGGCUUCUUUUUGCCAAUGCCAGGAAAGUUUGAGCCAUGGGUGGCUGAGAACGAGACAGAGUUUCAGAAGCUAGCAAAUGGGGGUGAUGUCGUGUUCAAGGACCUUAUUCAGGAAAUCCAAGAGAGGCCUGAAUUUGGCGGCGGUCCUCAAACAUCCUCGAAAUGA